ACGUGAUCAACGUACGAAUUUUUCCUGCUUCACGGUUGACCACCAGCACCAAAUCCUCGCUCAUUACUCUUGACGACUUCUCCAUUAUGUUCUCCUUGAAGUUCAUUCCUCUUUGUGCGCUUGCCAUCGCCUUUGUCAAUGCCCAGUCGUCCGGUUCUAGUGCUGCUGGCACUGACAGUGCUACUGCCAGCGGUACUGCCAGUGGUGCACCACCCACGGGUACUGCAGGCAUCACGCCAUGCAUUCUACAAUGCGUCAACACCGCUGCCACACAAGCUGGCUGCCAGUCCUUCACCGACCUUAAUUGCGUUUGCACCAGUGCAGCUUUCCAAGCUGCCGCCGGUGCAUGUUUGCAGUCGACUUGCACACCUGAGGAGCUUCAAACCGCUAUGGGUCUUCAGCAAGCUAACUGUGCAAACGUUGGCAACUCUACUUCAAGCGGAGCCUCUGGUACCGCAACUGGAACGGGUGCGAGCGUAACCGGCACUGGAGCGGGAACGGGAACUGGAGCUGGGACUGGAGCUGGGACUGCAACGGGCCCAGGCACUGGAACUGGAACUGCCAAACCAACAACUGGCCUAGGUACAAGCGCAGGGACGUCCUCGGCUGCUGGAGGUUCUCAGACAGCUGGCGGCAACGGUGCUGUUGCUCUUUUCGACACGAGCUUCAUGGCUGUCGGUGUGGCUGCUGUUGCCGCCGUGGUUGGUGGUGUUGCGGCUUUGUAAAGGAAGAGAGAAGAGGUUUACUCCUAGUCGACGGAGAAAAAAUCGCAUCUCGAACGAUUAUUCACUGUUCUCAUUCUCUAGUACCUACCAUUUCUUAUGUUAUACUGUCGCUAUUGAAGAGUUUCUGUACGGACUAGCAUUUUUUUGGAGACUUUUUACUUUACCAGUCACGAUGAAUUGAAUGUUACUCUUUUUGCUAGUUAAAACCGCAGUCACCCCACAGGUGGAGUGUCAAUUCUACACCUACCUUCACCGUAACGGGCUGUCCUUGACAAAGUCGGAGUCCUCGUUCGAAGUCCAAUCCGAUUCAAUUUCAA